AUGUCACUCAUCGCGACCUGGGAAGGAAUCAGCGCAAUCUCUAGAUCCAGCACACCCGUCUGCCAGAGCACCAGAGAACCGGUGUUGCUAACCGACUCAUCACGGACUACACAGGACCCGUUCAUGUUACCGGCCCCGACAGAGAUGCAACGUUUGGUGAAGAUUUUCUUCACACAUACCGGGCAUGUCUUUCCCUACAUAAGAGAGACAAUGGUGCUCGGCUAUAUUGCCUCCUUGCAGAAAAGCGAAAACAAUACACUGGAGCCUGUCAAGUAUUGUAUCCUCAACAUGUGCAUGGCAUUUGCCAUUAUCCAGGGUCAAUUGGAUCCACCGUCAGAGGAUAACCUGGCCUUUUCUUACGAGUAUUUCCAGAGAGCACGGGUCAUGAUUCCCGGGAUUAUAGCUCAUAUGACGAGCAUUGAAUCAAUACAAGCUUUGCUCCUCGGUCUACAGUACUCUCAGGGCACGCAGUGCUGGGAUGAAACCUGGUCGCUCCUGGGAUACGUUGUGCAUGGUGCGCUCCAGCUUGGGCUCUACCGUCCCGCAAUCACGGAACGAGUGCCUCCAAUAGAUGGCGAAAUGCGGAUUCGAGUCUGGUGGAUGUGCGUUAUGAUGGAUCGAAUGUGCAGCAUGACUUUCGGUCGUCCACCUCUUAUUCCAAACGCCUAUAUCACCAGUACCCAUCUCCCCUUUCCGACGGAGUGCCUCGGUACGAGGAAGACAGGAAUCAAUCUUCAGGACCCAUCUUCAGCGACGUUGUCCACCAGCACGUCAUUCACACACACGUCUACUUUGAACCUUAUUCUGGGCGAGAUUAUCGAGGACGUUUAUGACCGUAAUCUGGAAAGCAGUAUGUCUGCUUCGCUGCCAGCUUUGCUAGAGCGUGUCAUUGCCAUUGAAAGCAGACUCGAAGAUUGGAGAAUGACGUACCUGCCAUUACUUGCCUCUUCUACAUACGGUCUCGAUCCCGAGGAUCCCCAACCAGGCCCAUUGCAAGAAGAGCGUGCCCAGGUACUCCUCAGUCUGCGGUACUUGAAUGUUCGGGCCUUGCUCCAUCGCGCUGUGCUCUACCACAUGCUGGAGAAGAAGUUGGACUCGGAUGUUUGUGAUCAAUACUACAACGAGGGAAUGAACACCAGUGUUGCCUCCUGUCUAGAUUGUGCAGUCUCAUCUGUCAAGCUCAUCUCUUACAGCAUGCAGCGGCCGGCUCUACUGCCGAUAUGGUGGUUUUCCGCGUACUACACUCUCAAUGCAUCCCUGACGCUGUUAGCCGCUGUUGUCCUUCUGGUCAGAGGGUCGGUAAAUCUGCCGACGUACACUAUUCCCGGCCUCGUCGACAUACUUAAAACAGCUCUCGACGCGAUUAGCAGUAUGCCGCAGGGAAAUAGGGUAGUGAGACGAUGCCAACAAACCAUCAAACAGAUACUACACACGUGCUUGGCGUUGAUGCCGGAAAGCCGAAUCGAGGAUCAGAGGAACUGGAUCAAAUCGAGAGUUCUUGACCGUCAAGAAGAACAGUUGAGGCAUGAUUUCUGGCGCAGUCGGUUCCAAGGGCGACCCGGCUCACCUGCAUCGUCGGAUACGAAGUUCUUGCAUUUCACCCAGUGGUCGUGCCGCAGCGGCGUCAACCUGGUCGAGGACCUGAUCGCCAACAACAAGGCCCACCCUUUGCUGGACGACUACCACCGGUCCAAAUGCGUGCAAGACCUGGCCCGCAUCAACGUGCCGGCCUACGUCGUCGCCGACUGGGGCGACCACGGCAUGCACACUCGCGGCACCCUCAACGGGUUCAUGGGGAUCAGUUCCAAGGAGAAAUGGCUCGAGGUCCACGGCCGCAAGAAGUGGCGAUACUUCUUCGAGCCGGAGAGCGUCCGCCGGCAGGAAGCCUUCUUUCAGAAAUUCCUCAAAGGCCAGACCAGCGAGAUUGACAGCUAUCCGCGUGUGCGCCUCGAGGUGCGCAAUCGCGCCUGGGUGGGCGCGUUCCGCGACGAGCAGGAGUGGCCCCUUGCCCGCACCAAGUACACGAAGAAGUACCUUGACGCGCAGUCGCGGCAGCUCGUUGACGAGCUGCCUGCCUCCCUCGCCGUCGCUAGUUACAAGUCUCGGGUGACGGACGACUGCGUCCUGUUCCAUCACCGGUUCUCCCAGGAAACCGAGCUGACCGGCACCAUGCGGCUGCGGCUGUGGGUGUCAACCGACCACGGCGAGGAUAUGGAUCUGUUCGUGCAGCUCGACAAGCUCGAUUGCGAGGGCAAGAUCACCCCGUUCGUUGCGUUCUCCAUGAUUGACGAUGGCCCGUUGGGCUUGGGCUGGCUGCGUGUCAGUCACCGCGAACUAGAUAAUGCGAAGACGACCAUCGACCGUCCUUUCCAUACCCAUGAGCGCCGACUGCUGCUGCGCCCCGGGGAGAUUGUUCCCGUGGACAUUGAGAUUCUCCCAACAUCGACGCUCUUCCACGAGGGCGAGGUGCUCCAGCUGCGCAUCCAAGGCAAUGAUAGCUUCCGACACAAGACACCGGAUGUCGUCCAGUUCCACGAGGAGACAGUCAACGAAGGCACGCAUUCCAUCUACUCAGGCUGCACUUAUGAGUCGUACUUGGUUCUUCCGGUGGUAGUCUAG